AUGGCUGAUCCGCCGCCCCCAGAGAAUCCCGUCGAUGGCGCCCAAGGAACUGGCGGAAGCAAGAAGCGCAAAGAUCUAGGUGAUCAGCGCCCAGCGGAGAACAUCAUGGGCGAAUCACAGGGAGCCCAAACCAGCCACACGGCGGCCAUCGGCAAUACCGUUGACCAAGAGCACGAUGAGAAUGCGGGCGAGAAUGUAGCGCUCCCAGCACAGAACCAAGCAUACGUGCCCUUCAUGAGAGACGGCGACCACGAGACAGCAGAAAAGCAAGUAACUUUUGACGAGGCCGCGAAGAAGAAUGAUGGCGGACAAAAACUCAAGAAGAAAUCGGGCAAGUCCAAGGAACCCAAGGUUGAAGAGGACAUUGACGACAACCGAUGGCCGGAAAGCAUGGGGGGUCUCAAGGUCGUGCGCCAUCUGGUGGUUAGGCCCGGAGAACGAUGGCCAAGAAGGAACGAGGAGGCCGUUGGCGCAGACAAUUCACUCGACGAUGUUGCUCCCAAUGACGAUCGAUGGAUGGGUGCCGUGCAGCAAGUCAUGGCACAAAUUAGCAUGGCCGAUCGUGAUACUGAUGUCGGCAUCCGACGCGCAUAUCAACACCAAUUUCUCGGCAAUGACAGCUCGCAGAAAACGCGAUUAAUGCCGGUCGGCGCAAGCCUUGUCCCCAACGGCGCGAGCCUCGUCCCUCUGAACUUUGAGCAUCAAACCAUGAAUGACCAUUUUCGGGGCACACUAGACAAACGCGUCAGACUCUGCCACCUCAGCGGCGUGCAGUGUCUGAUUAUCGCCAAGUAUGAAUACUUGGUUCAAUCGCCAUCAUAUUUCAUCGAUGAGGAAUUGUGGGUGAAGGACGUUAUCAAGACCCCCGACAUUGAUUUCCUCUGUAACGUGGGAUCGAAUAAUGGAGUCAGAACCCUUCGUUUGUCGCCUGGCCAGACUGUCGACGUCCCCGAUGAAUGGUGCAUAUCAAACAAAGAUCGAGAGGUGAUGACACUCGAGGAAGUCAGGCGAGUACAAAGACUAAUGGUCCAGCUGGUGCGAGAAGGUUUGCCAAUAGAGGUCUACGACAAUAUUGUCGAGAUCAUACUGCUAUCGGAUCCAAGGGAUACAAUUUCAAAUUGUUAUGCAUGGAGGGCAUGGAAGAAGCAAAACAGACCUUUGACCUUUAAUCAGUACGAAGCCAUUAGAUGCUGCAACAUUGGCGUUGAGCCCACAAUCAUAAGGAAAGCCAUUGAAGCAUCCGGAUUACAGUUUUUUCGACAGUCCAAGAUGAUAUUUGAUGGCUCGAGACCCAUCAACCUUUGUGCCGGUAAUGGACACGGCGUAUCUCACGACAACGAGGAGGUUCCCGGGGUUAGUCGCCCGACAAAUCUGCAAAAGGAACUCGCCGCAGAUGAACAGCAACGACGUGAAAACAAUGAACAACAGAUUGACGACGGUGACGAUGCCAUGGAUGACGACAGAGACUCUGGCAAGGUGAUUGGAAAGGGCAAAUCGCCCGAGACGAGUGUCAAGCGUCCUACUCCAGGACGUGGAACAUCUAGCAACAACGAUUCCAAUCUUUCCAUCCAGCUGGAGGGCACGGAGGCGAGGGUUAUCGAAUUUGUCGAGGUCAUUUCCGAGAAUAUAUCGGAGUCCAAUAAUCAGGUCAAGGCGUCGACGGCCAAUAUUGACGAAAAACUCGAAGAAGCAAAGAUUGCUGCCGACGGCCGCUCUAAGGAGAUUUCCGAUAUCGGUAAAACAGUGGCCAGCAUGAACGACGGAGUCAAGUCAAUCAAUGAUGAGAUUCAUACGUCUUUGCCCAGCAUUGGUGAACAGCUCAAGGAAGCAAAGGUUACCGCCAACGGCCAAUCCGAGGGGAUUUCCAACAUCGGUAAAACAGUCGACGACGGAUUCAAAGAGACCCGUGAACAGCUCAAGGAAGCAAAACUUGCCGUCAACGGCCAAUCCGAGGGGAUUUCCAACAUCGGUAAAACAGUCAACGAGGGAUUCAAAGAGACGCGUGCAAAGCUGGAUGAAUCGCAAGCGGUGGCCAAUGACAGAUUUGAAAAGUUGGACAAGAAAAUCGAUGAGGAUUUGGUCCACAAGCUAGAUGGUUCGCUAUCUGGUAUCAAUGACCUCAAAACAACUGCCCAAGAUAUGGGCAUUUCCUUGUCAAGCCUUGCCAACCAGUUUGCCACCGUUGACGAAAAACAGGACAAACUAAUGGCCAAUCAGGAAAGUCACUAUAUGGCCAUCCAAAGGCUUGAAGAAUUCCGUCAACAUGAGGAAUCAACUAGAAACGAGCAAGAAUUGGCCAAUCAAAUCCAUCGAGACAAUAUGGAGAAUCGUAUCAGGGAGCUGGAAAAGGAACUAGCGGACACCAAGGAGAAGCUACAUGACACUGCCAAUGACCUGACGAAUGAACGAAAGCUGACGAAAGCCGCCAUCGAUAAAAGGGACAAGGCCAUAUUACAGCUUGCCAACGGAGAACGCUACCCGAACAAAUAUUAUCGUAUCAGCAAAAGAUACGUCGCAGUCGCUUCCAAAACCGCAUCUACGGCGGUUGCCGCGCUCGCUGUUUGGAAGGCAUCCCCCCGGUUGGCCAGAGCCGGAGCUCGAUGGUCGGGACCCAGAUUGCAGCGUCUAGGCCAAUGGCUGUCCGACAAAGCUAUGGACAUGAACCGCCAAUAG